UUACUAUGAGAUAUGGUAGCACAUAUACAUAUAUACGAAGACAAAAAAGAUGCAAGAACAAAAAAAAGGAACGAUCGUUAACGACGUAUGCGAAGUGUAAUUCCGGAUGGCGGCCAUCAACUGAGGCUCGACAGAUUUUAACAGGCCUUAACUUGCACUUGUCAGAGCUGUCACCGAAGCCCUUAUAGAAGUCAGUUUAUUUCUUACUGCGCUGUUCAUGCCCCAUCAUUCCCCUCGACGAACCAGUCUUGCUGGAUGUCUCUCCCAAACGAUGUCUGGUUACAAAUCAUCGAUUAUAUCUCCCCUCUGGCCAUACAGGAGCUUUACAGUGUCAACAGUGCCUUUUUCAAUGUCGCUAUGGAUCAGCGCUAUCAACAAAUCAGCUUUUCCUAUCUCAGUAGAAAGAUGAUAUGGACAUUGGCACGUCUUAAAGACCCACCGGUCGCGAAACGUGUUCGAAUAUUGCAUCUAUAUCCACAUUUCGUCAAGGAUGCUCUAGAUACGAUGGAUCUAUCUUCAUCUCAAUCUUUGCUUUCCAAAUUCGGCGAACUCGCUGGCCUUAUACGCGACCAGAAAAAGCUGAUCUUGAAGCAAAAACCGCGUCUUCCACUCAAAUUCAAAACAUGCCGCGACCUCAUGCAAGUCAUGAUGGAAAUCUUCAGCGGGCUCCCCAAUCUCACUGACUAUCAUAUUCUAUGGUGCGGUUUGCCGUCGGUUGGAAGUGAUCCUGCACUCGUUCUCUCGUCACCUUUACGAUUGAAUUUGCGUUGUCUUCGUCUCGAGAUCUCUCUCGAAAAGCUUCAAUACGUGUUAUCGUCAUUUCAUAACCAGUCCCUUCCAGAGCUUCAAGAGCUAGAUCUUUUCAUCCGCGUUGAACACCUCAAUGCUGACCGUUACGAUAACAUUCUCCUCAUGCUUGCUCAUAUGAUCAGCUCACUACAUUCAUCCCUUCGCAAACUCACAGUUCAACUUUGGGAGCCGUUUGAUCUCUCACUUCUGUUUGCCGCCAUUUCUUAUCUUCCUCUACUCGACAAAUUAUCCCUCUCGAUUCCGAUGAGUUUUCCCAACCUGGGUAAUCCUGACGGUCUAAUUGGUUUUUUGAACGCCCACUCGAACACGUUGCGAACAUUGUCUAUUCGUGCGUCCGAGCUAGGAGGUCGCAGCUUAAUGAUGCAUAAUGAGCUUCAGCUCGGUGCAUGGAUGGACCAGACCUUCUCUAAGGUUCAUUUAGCUUGCAUUACCAAACUCGAAAUCAGCCUCUACCUAGUCCCUUUUGAAUCUGCCCUUAUUUGUGUCAGAACCUUCUCGAACACUUUGACAUCACUCGUCUUCACCGGCUCGCAUCUGGCCUAUGAGGACCUCGACCUUCUAACAGCCGCUUUCCCUCCAUCUUGUCAGAAACAAGCUCUCCACCAUGCACGAAUAGGCCCAGUUACCCUCAGUCCCCAGCUUAUUGACCUCUUCGCGGAAAGGUUCCCAGAAAUGGACAAACUUGAGCUGCUCGUAAAAUCCAUCGUUCCUUCUGAAGGUGACGUGCCACUAUUCUGUGGUCGGUCCAAUAGCGAUCGCGAUCAGGAUGAAGGGCAAGUUAGGAGGUUCAUCGAGGAAAUGAAGCAUCGUCAUUAUUCAGACUGGAAGCUUCGUUAUCUGGAUCUGUCCAGUGGUUCAUAUCCCAGACUGAUGAACGAGGAGCAGUUCAAGAGUGUUUUUAUGCAAUCGAUACCUGCGUUACGGACGUUUGUAUGAUUUUGGUAUACACUUCGCUGUCAUUGAGACUAUUUUCUUGCUACAUUAACCUUUUUACGAAUUCUUGAAUUCUUGUUGUAGCAAUAGUAUCUGUAUGUACUGUAGUAUUCUCACUAUUCCCCCUUGUCCCAGUUGCUUACAUAGAUCCAAUACAGAGGGUGAUUUCAAAAUGCUCUUCU